UAAUUUAAAUUUAAUUCAAAUUAAAAAAAAAAACCUGAAAAGCAGAGAAUAAGAGAGAGAAAAUAUAGACAGAGUGGCCGUUCCCAACGGCCACCCCCCACUCUCCCUUCUUCUCCCCUUGGCCGGCCUACGUGCUCCGAUCACUCUUCCUCCCUUUUUCCAACCCAAUUUUAGUUUUCAUUUUCUUUUAAUUAAUAAAUAAAAUCCUUCAUUUUAUUUAUUUAUUUAAUUUUUUUAAUUUCCUGGAAAUUUCCCAGAUAGAAUUAGUCAAUCAAUUCAUCAAAUUUAAUUUAAUUUGAUUAUUUGAUUGAUUACCCACAUCCCCAUUUUUGUUCUUUCCUCCAAAUUUCCUUUUUUUUUUUUUUUUUUAAAUUUAAUUUUGUGGGGUUAUAUUAUUUUUUUCCCCUUUCUUAUACAAAAAUAAAUAAAAAUCAAUCGAAAUGCAGAAUAACAUUUUGUCAACGAUGCGAAGUUUGAAGCUUAUAGAUGGUUGCAAAAGCUCACAAGUUUACGCCAUUAAUCCUAACUCCGCCACCAAUGGCGGCGCUAACAGCGGCGCCGGCAAUGGCGGUGGUGGUGGUGUUGGUGGUAUUGGCACGGGUGAGAAGCUUCUUCAUCAACUCCAAGAUCAUCUCCGAGUCAAUUCGGUUCGAUCCAAAACUCGAACAUCAUCGAAUUUAGAUGCAAAGAUCUUACAAGCGAAUCUUCUUCAAGAAGCUUUGUUGCCUUAUGGUUUACCUUCAACAGAUCUAGUAGAACCCCAGGUAGAAACUUGUCUUAAAUUUGUUAAUUUUGUUGAAACCCUAGCUGAUGUUUAUAGAAGAACUGAGGGUUGUCCACAAUUUGAGAAAUCGUUGGUUUAUGUUGAGCAAUGUGCGAUUUUUCGAGGGUUGGCUGACUCCAAAUUGUUUCGGCGUAGUCUUAGAUCAGCUAGGCAGCAUGCUGUUGAUGUGCAUACAAAGAUUGUGUUAGCGGCUUGGUUGAGAUUUGAGAGGAGGGAAGAUGAGUUAACGGGUUCGUCGCCGUUGGAUUGUUGUGGGAGGAUUACUGAAUGCCCUAAGGCUAGUAUGGUUUCUGGGUAUGAUCCUGAGUCGGCUUUCGAUGAGUGUGUUUGUCAUCGUAGGAGGGAUUCGGGUGGUGGGAAUGGUAAUGAGGGUUGUGGUGAUGGGGUUGUGGUGGGGGAAGAGGGUUUGGGUGGUGUUACUAGGGUUGAGGAUGAGGAAUGUUCGACGUCUGAGGAGGAUUUCGAUAUGUCAUUUGUCGUGGGAGAGGAGGAGGUGAAGUGCAUUCGGUAUAAUAUCGCGUCGCUUUCUAGGGCAUUUAAGACAUUGUUGUAUGGGAGCUUUGUAGAAUCAAGGAGGGAGAAGAUUAAUUUUACACAGAAUGGGAUAUCUGUCCAGGUUAUUAGAGCCUUGGAGUUGUAUAGUAGGAAGAAGAAAGUCGAUUCCCUGGAUCCGCCACUGGUUUUAGAGCUACUGUCUUUAGCAAACAUGUUUUGUUGUGAUGAAUUAAAAUCUGCUUGUGAUGUUUAUUUAUCAUCAUUAGUUAUUGAUAAAGAAAGUGCUUUGACGCUAAUGGAUUAUGGGUUGGAGGAGGCAGCAUCUCUUUUAGUGGCUGCGUGUUUGCAGGUGUUUCUGAGAGACCUUCCUGGUUCGUUGCACGACCAGAACGUGAUGAAAUACUUCUGCACUCCAGAGGCUAGGGAAAAAUUAGCAUCGACUGGGCAUUCUUCCUUCCUGUUGUACUAUUUUCUUAGCCAAACUGCUAUCGAAGAGGACAUGAAGUCUAAUAUAAUGGUAAUGUUGUUGGAGCGUCUGGUGGAAACUGCAACUGCGUCGUGGCAGAAACAACUUGCAUUUCAUCUACUAGGUUGUGUAUUUUAUGAGAGGAAAGAAUAUAAGGAUGCCCAGAAUUCGUUUGAGGCAGCUGCUGAAGCAGGUCAUGUUUAUUCAAUAGCUGGUAUUGCUAGGACAAAGUAUAAACGUGGACACAAGUACACAGCAUACAAACUGAUGAACUCAUUAAUUUCUGAUUACAAGCCCUCUGGGUGGAUGUAUCAGGAACGGUCGUUAUAUUGUGUAGGGAAGGAGAGACUGGCAGAUCUUGAGAAGGCGUCAGAAUUGGAUCCAACCUUAUCAUUUCCUUACAAGUACAGAGCGAUUGCGCUUUUAGAAGAUAAUAAAUUAGGAGCAGCCAUCUCUGAAAUUAACAAAAUUAUUGGUUUCAAGGUCACUCCAGACUGCCUUGAGUUGCGGGCUUGGUUUUCUAUUGCUUUCGAAGAUUAUGAAGGUGCUCUCAGAGACCUCCGUGCACUUUUGACUUUGGACCCAGACUGCAUGAUGUUCCAUGGAAAAAUGCCUGGAGAGCAGUUGGUUGAGCUCCUUCGCUCUCAUGUCCAGCAGUGGAGUCAGGCUGAUUGCUGGAUGCAAUUGUAUGACAGAUGGUCCUCCGUUGAUGAUAUUGGAUCUCUAGCUGUUGUGCACCAUAUGCUGGCAAAUGAUCCAGGGAAAAGUCUCCUUCGAUUUCGGCAAUCUCUCCUUCUCCUGCGGUUAAAUUGCCAGAAGGCUGCAAUGCGUAGUUUACGAUUGGCACGGAACUGUUCCACUUCUGACCAUGAAAGGCUCGUUUAUGAAGGGUGGAUCUUAUAUGAUACAGGCCAUCGUGAAGAAGCUUUAGCAAAAGCUGAAGAGUCCAUCACCAUCCAAAGAUCAUUUGAAGCAUUUUUCUUGAAAGCAUAUGCUUUGGCAGAUUCAAACCUUGAUGAGGAGUCUUCAUCUUAUGUUAUCCAUCUCCUGGAGGAAGCUCUUAGAUGUCCUUCAGAUGGUUUACGUAAAGGACAAGCUUUAAAUAAUUUAGGUAGUGUCUAUGUAGACUGUGAAAAGCUGGAUCUUGCUGCUGAUUGCUACAUGAAUGCUCUUAACAUUAAGCACACCAGAGCGCAUCAAGGUCUAGCAAGGGUCUAUCAUGUCAGAAAUCAGCGAAAAGCUGCAUAUGACGAGAUGACAAAGUUGAUAGAAAAAGCCAGGAACAACGCAUCAGCUUACGAGAAGCGUUCAGAAUAUUGUGAUCGUGAAAUGGCAAAGAGAGAUCUUACCAUGGCAACACAACUUGACCCCCUGAGGACAUAUCCAUAUAGAUACAGGGCAGCUGUACUAAUGGAUGACCACAAAGAAGAGGAGGCUAUAGCAGAACUAUCAAAAGCUAUUUUCUUCAAACCAGACUUGCAGCUUCUCCAUCUUCGAGCUGCGUUUCAUGACUCCAUGGGCAACAAUGCUGCCACACUUCGAGAUUGUGAAGCAGCUCUUUCUCUUGAUCCCACCCAUGUAGAUACACUUAAGCUUUAUAGCGAGGCCCGAGAACGAAUUUCUGAUGAACAACUUAGCAGAUGUGAUUCCAUGAACAGAAAAGAUGCACCUGACACUCAUGGCAAUCUCAACUAUGCUUCAAGAGCUUUUCAAUGAAAAGAAAUUGGGCCACUACUACCAGUUGGCAUUUGCAAAUAUGUUAAAAGAUUGGUUACCGGCUUCAUGUAUAAGAUGUUCAAAAGAGAAAUGAACAUCUGAAUUCGAGGAAACAGGAUGAAAGAGGCAAGUCGAAAUGUAAAUAUUAUAUCGACUUGGUUGCUGUGAGAAUAGCAGCGACUAACCCACUGCUGCAGCUUUGUUUUAUGCUGCAGCUGAGGAUUUUGAUUUUGUGUAGAUGGCAGCUGUACACAGGGUUUCUGUCUUGUUGUAACAUUAUGAAUGUCCUCUUUGUAUUGUUUUGCAUUGGAGAAUUGGUGAUUUUCCUCCCCUUGAAUGACACAAGGAGGUUUGUACUUCAUAUAAACUGUGUUGCUUACACAGAACAUUCUUCUCGUAAUCGUACUUAGCUCUGCUCCACCUCCAUACCUUCAGUCUGUCUAUAAUCAGACUUUAACACCAACUCCUUUGUUCUCAUAGUUUCGGAUCAGACUUAUUUCAUAGUCAAGACCUUUGAGAAAGUUAUUCUUAGGCA